GGGAGCCAACAAAAGGCAAAGGAAGAACAACAAAAGGCAAAGGAAGAACACGAUGGAUGAAAUCUGGGCUCUGUGUCUUUCUAUGUCUGUUUUCUCCUUUUUUUUUUUCUUCUUUUUUUCCCCCCCAUCAUUGUUUCCUUCUCAUACUUCUCUCGGAGCAUAUGGUUCAGGGCCUCACAGCAGCGGCCUUUCCUCUUCCUCUCCCCUUCUUGUUUUACCUUUGCUCGAGGUGGCCUUGGGAUCAAUGAUCAAUGAGGAGGUCUGAAGAUGUUGUGGUGCUUUGCUUCAUGCGGGAUAGAGCUUUGUAGGUCACAAAUAUGCAUGCAUCCUACUCCAAGCGUACUCGUCGUGGACGCCUUUGGCCUUGGGUUGCGCCAUGAAAUGCCUUCUCAUCGGUCCCUCGAGCCAGGAUAAAGGCAGCUAACUGCAUUAAUUGUAUUCCUGUAUUGGU